UCUAAAGAUUCUUUUAGAAUUGUAAUGGCUUUAACAACACAUUUUGAUCUUUAGCUUCAUCAAAUGGAUGUUAAGAUUGCUUUCCUAAAUGGAGACUUGUUAGAAGAGGUGUACAUGAUACAACCCGAAGGUUUUGAGGUAGAAGGGAAGGAGCACAUGGUAUGUUUUGUGGAGAAUAUUAUUGACAAUUGUGUAUAUCUCAAGAUCAAUGGGAGUAGGAUGCUUUCUAAAACCUUUGACAUGAAAGAUCUAGGAGAGGUUGCCUUUGUUCUUGGUGUAGAAAUCCAUAGAGAUAGAUUUAAGAAAAUGUUGGGACUUUCACAGAGAGCCUAUAUUGAUAGGGUUCUUGACAAACUUGGGUUAAAGGAUUGUAGACCUGGUGUGGCUCCAAUAAAUAAAGGGGACAAAUUGAGUACUGAACAAUGUCCUAAAAACAAUCUUGAGAAGGAGCAGAUAAAGGGAGUUCCUUAUAGUAGUGCUGUUGGGAGUUUAAUGUAUUCACAAGUGUGUACCAGACCAAAUAUGGCUUUUGCAACUAGUAUACUUGGUAGAUUUUUGUCUAAUCUUGGUUAUGAUCACUGGAUUGCUGAAAAGAAGGCCUUGAGAUAUUUACGAAAAACAGGAGAUCACAUGCUUGUUUGUAGAAGGGUUGAAAAUUUAGAAGUGGUAGGAUUUGCAGAUGCUGAUUUUGCUGGCUGUACAGAUGAUAGGAAAUCCAUUACUGAUUACAUAUUCAUGCUGGCAGGGAUUCCCAGGUUUGUGUUCGAUGGGACUAGUUGUUUUUCUCCGUUGUGCACGGAGAAUAUACUGGCUACUAAUAUUCAUGAGACUGUUUCAGAAUCGGAGACCUUCGCCGUUCCUGGGUUACCGGACAGGAUUGAAUUGACCAAAGCGCAGCUCCCCAAUGGAAUCAAAAUGCUGAAGGGCUCCGACCUUCUUCGGUUAGGAAUAAGAGAGGCUGAGGUAAAAGGGAGAGGAAUUCUGAUCCGCGGUUGGGCACCGCAAGUUCUGAUCCUAUAUCAUCCCGCAAUCGGAGGGUUCUUAACGCAUUGUGGAUGGAACUCAACUCUAGAAGCUGUGAUCACCGGUAUUCCGACCAAAACCUGGCCGAUGUUCGCCGAGCAGUUCUACAACGAUAGGUUCAUCGUUCAAGUAGCAAAGAUCGGUGUGAGUCUGGGUUCCAAGGUUUCCAUAAGAUGGGGGAACCGGAGAAGGCUGGCAUUGCCGUGAAGAGGGAAGAAGUGAGUAGGGCCGUAGAGCAACUGAUGGCCGGCGGCGACGAUAUAGAAGGGGAGAAAGAGGGCGAGAAAGCUCGGACACAUCGCGAACAAAACAAUCGAAGAAGGUGGGUUUUCGUAUCUCAAUUUGACAUUGUUAAUUCAAGACAUUUUGGAGCAAGUUUCUUCAAGAAAUUAAUGAAUAAUUC